GGCCCGCGAGGCUAGGCUGUGUCUGGGUGCUGGUUAUGGAAUUCCUUGCCCACGAGACGAGCUCAAUUUGCCGCCUUUCCAGGCGCUCGUCUGCUCGUCCUGCUCCGUGCUGUGCGUCUCAUUAUUACGAGCCGUCGCGCUCACCGUCCUCGUCAUCUGCCCCCGCCCAGUCACCCGUCGUCGCUGCUGCUGAUUCCGCUGUCGUGGCCGGGAUAAAGCGUUCACCGGCUGACAAACCCGUUUCCUGCUGCUCGAGGACGACGAGUCCCAAGCACCCAAGACGGGUGGCUUUGAAAAGCUUCGUUCAGUGACAUAUCCCACGCUUCCCUGUCUAUUUAUCCUGACUGCGUUGCCGGACUGCCUUCCUCGUCACUGGCCAUCGUCACCGCCGACCUCACGUCACCGCGGUCCACCGGAGGCCGCUGCGCCUUGCGGGCACGACAACACAGACGACGCCGCGACGCCCGCGACAUCGAUCUCGACCCUACCGACGACGCCUCGCUGGUCGCCACGCCAAGCGUCUGACGCCGUGCAACAUUUUUGUGCCGCCGACGGGCCAGGCAGAGCAGGAACUCGACGCUGCCACGCGGAAGGCGCGGACUGCACCAGCGCAGAACAUGGCCACCACGCCGCCGGCCGAGAACAGUGGCGUGCGGCCGUCGCCAGCGCCCACGGUGUCGACGGCGUCAUUUACCUCGUCCAGCCAGCAUGAAAGCAGUGACGCGCCUCUGCCAUCAGCGUCGCUCGACGCCCCGCACCCGCCCACCUUGAACGGCGACACCAAGCCCGCCACUACUACCAACACCGCAGCCACUCCAUCCAACCUGGCGCAAUCAAUACAGGCCAAGGCAGAGAGACCGGCUGGUCCUCAGAAGAAGCCGACCUUUACGUCACGGCUCUCGCGCAUGUUUUCGCAGCGUGAUGCGAACGGUUCAAGAGAGCAGGUCAAGGCCGAAGCUGCUGAUAAGGUCCCCGAGACCGCUGUAGAAGACCCAGUGGCAGAGAGUGGGAAGCCGCGACCACCGAAGCCCAGCCGACAGUCGUCCAAGCACGAGAAGAUGGAGGGCAACCUACGAAACGGAUCCGUCUCUAAGAAGGGGAAAGGUGACGAGGUUGCCAAUGCGGCUACGAAACGCUUCUGGGUUGAAGAAAGCGGAGAGCACUUCCACUACCUGCGAGGUGCCAAACGACAGGACAAAUUGACAGACAUGUUGCGUGACUUCAUGUCAGGCAGGAGAGGUCGGGACCAGCAUGAGGAGCAGCCACUGUCACUGAUGUCGACCUGGGUCGAUCAGAUCAGGAACGAAAAGGACAAGAUGGCGAAGGACAAGGAAAAGGGUCCCAACGCGACAGCUUCGCUCGUGCAAAAGUACGGCAAAUGUCAGGAAAUUGUUGGGCGUGGAGCCUUUGGUAUCGUCCGGAUAGCACACAAGACCGAUCCCAACGACUCCAAACACGAACAACUUUAUGCCGUCAAGGAAUUUCGGCGCCGGCCGCAGGAAGAUCCGAAGAAGUACAGCAAGCGCCUCAACUCGGAAUUCUGCAUCUCCUCGUCAUUACGGCAUCCCAAUGUCAUCCAUACACUAGACUUGCUCGAGGACGCCAAGGGUGACUAUUGUGAGGUUAUGGAGUUUUGUGCCGGAGGUGAUUUGUACAGCUUGGUGCUUGCUACCGGCAAGCUCGAGGUCACCGAGGCCGAUUGCUAUUUCGCACAGCUCAUGCGAGGCGUCGAGUACAUCCACGAAAUGGGCGUUGCACAUCGCGAUUUGAAGCCUGAGAACUUGCUAUUGACUACACACGGAGCUCUAAAAAUUACGGAUUUUGGCAACGGAGAGUGCUUCCGAAUGGCGUGGGAGACAGAACCACACAUGACGGCCGGCCUUUGUGGCAGCGCUCCCUACAUUGCUCCAGAAGAAUAUAUUGAGCAAGAAUUUGACCCUCGUGCAGUCGACGUUUGGGCUUGCGGUGUCAUUUACAUGGCCAUGCGCACAGGACGCCACCUUUGGCGUGUGGCGAAGAAGGACGAAGACGAAUUUUACGACAACUACAUUCGAGGUCGCAAGAGCGAAGAAGGCUAUGGACCCAUUGAGACGUUACACAGAGCUCGUUGUCGCAACGUGAUUUACAGCAUUCUCGACCCCAACGCGAGUCGUCGAAUAUCCGCCCAUCAGGUCCUGAACUCCGAAUGGGGCAAGGGGAUAAAACUCUGCAAAGCCGGCGAGCAAGGUCUCUAACCCAGGUCCAUGGGCAAAGAACCGCUCGAUAAAAGGACGUUCCGGCCCUAAAAGUAUUCACGACGAACUUUCUUGAACCACGAUACGAACGAACGAACGACGAUGACGAUGACGAUCUCCAACACUACGACCAUUCUUUGGACGCGUCGUGAGAUGUCCUCCAAAUCUUCGCGACACGCAACGCAUCCAAUUCGGGCAAGGUUUUUGUGUUUAACGACUCGUCUUGGUCUUUUUAUGCCUUUUUUGUUCUCUGCCUCCUUCGAUUACGGAACGCAAACUUGUGGAUAUUGAGCGUUCAGCGAAAGCGGCCUGUACUUGAUGGAGAGCAUGGAAUACCCCCGUUACAACAUUAUUCUUCAGCGCUGCUCUUUCCAGGCAUUCAUGAUGAGAGGACUACUUCUUUUUUUCCAUUUCCGCGAGCCAACAAGCGUGUUUAUACACUUCUGUUUCUUGCGCUCGCUUCUUUGCAUAGAAGGCGGCUUACGAAUGCUUCGAUUCGACUCUCGUUUCGGAACGAUUGAUGCUUUCGCCGGGGAACUUUGGCUAGAAGGCGCUGUUCUUCGUGUGGCUUGAGACGAUGGUGGAAAGACAAGCCAGCCAGAUGGACUCGAGAGUUCGGUCGUUUUGUACAUACUUGCAUACUCUCAGUUACAGGCGCACAAGAGCGUCAGUAUGGAAAUAUAUGCAUUGACCCGUCUCCUUCGUGGAGAGAGAGGCGUUACGACCGAC